AUGGGUGUAUCCCACAACACAGUUGUCACUCACGGAGUCACCGGAGUUGAUUCUCAGCCCAAGCCGCCAGAUACACCCGUUCAAGACGAUGACGUCAACGCUGCAAUCAUGCCUUUUGGCAGCGGACUGGACCGAGGAUAUGAUUUCGGAGAGGCGCUCCUGGUGGCUUCAGUACGAGUCACUAGGAAGUUCCUCAGCAUGCUGAACCCCUUGAACUGGCUUAUGACCUUUCUAGGUAACGAUGAUGAUCACUGGCCCGCUGGGUCCUUUUGUAACCCGAAGGCAAAGCUGGACCAGGAGUGCUCGUUCCUGUUCGACCACAUUGUUGUCGGAUGUGGAGCGACAGGGUGCCCCUUGGCUCGUACCUUGUCAGAAGGAGGCAAGCGAGUGCUGCUCAUCGAGAGAGGGAAGGAGAGGAGCUUUGAAAAAACCCCAAACGCGAUGACAAUGCAAGGUACGGGGCGUGUGAUUCAAGACGAGGACAUAAGCCAACCGAUUAUUACGACUCAAGGCGUGCGCAUCCACACUGCAAAUAUAAUGGGAGGCGGGACCAGCAUCAACAUGGCCAUUGUGAUUGAAGAGACAAAUGAAUACUUUGACCAUUUGAACGAGGCAUACGGCUAUAAUUGGGACAUCGACCGUGUCAACGAAGCCUACAACUGGAUCAGCCAGAACUACUUUCCGAUGCCACAGGAUGUGCCCUUUGCGGGUGCCUGGACAAAGAGUCUGUUGGCCCGCGGAUACACUCCCUGGACCCCUGCGGGUCAGCGCUACACAGGAGGCACAUUGCCAACUGCUUACAGAUUGCAUAUGGGGUACGCUUGGGGGGGAGGCUCGUUGUUCCGUCCCGAUAAAGGCGGCUUCAGAAUGGCUAGUGACACGCUACUUGGCGAAGACAGUGGCAAGAAGCGCAACAAGAAUCUGACAGUGCUCACAGAACACACCGUCCAGCGCAUUAGGUUCGCAGUAGACGGGACUGUGCCCCGGGCGGUUUGCGUUGACUACCGAAAGACAGCGUUCGAAGACCAGCAGAUUCUUGGCACGAUGAAUAAUAUCUCCACUGAAUUCAUUGGAUGGAAGGCACAGGCAUACUAUUUGAUGAAACGUGCGAAAGCUGCGCUGAUGUAUUACGCCAAGAACGACCCUGAAGAGUCAAAGAUUCUGAAGCGAGCAUGUGUGGGAGUAGACGGAGAGAUCACAGUGUCCGCGGGUGCAAUACACACCCCGCUGUUGCUCAUACGAUCGGGAAUCGGUUCCCGUGAACAACUGCGAGAGAUUAACGUCCCUACUGUGAAAGAGUUGCCAGCUGUGGGAAAAAACUUGAGGGAUCGGAUGUUUAUUCCCCUGAAUUUCUUUGCUGUCGGGCAAGACACCAGUCCGCGGCGUCACCCAACAAGAAUAUGCGAGGCGACUGGGAUCGCGAAACUCGGACCUGACUGCGAAAACUUCAGAAUUGGAGAUCGGUCACUCAAGUGUACCUUAGCUGUUGUCGAAGAACUGUACGGCGGCAACACCACAGAAGGCGUUAUUCUGGCCUCGCGGUACAUCUUCCCUCCAGCAUUUCGUCACCACCCUUUGGCAGAUAAAGCCUUCGAGAUCAUGACCUACUGCGCCCGUCAUCGCCCGCUCACUGAGCACAUGCGCGACUAUCUCCCCGUGUGCGCUACCAUCGAGCCAAUGAUCAACUGCUUUAGACGAGGGAGCGCGCCUUUCUAUUUUACGUCUGAGCCGAAGUCCAGCGGAUAUGUUAAGCUUGAUAAGCGCGGAGAGGUAGAGGUAGAAGUGAACUAUUUGAAGGACGUGCAAGACGUCUUCGACGCUAUCCGUGGCAUGCAGAACUUGAUUGAAACCGCGAAGCAUCCUGCUUGGCGAGGGAUUCUUGAGCCAAUUUCUCUAAAAUCGUGCCCCGUCCAAAUCUGGAACGGGGUGUUAGAUCUUGUGGCUAAGCUUGGACAAGAGGCGAUUGGGGAGGUCUUUCACGGCCCCAGUCUCCACGAGAUCCGAGAGAAUCUGGAACUCCUACUACCAGGGAAUCGAACAGUAGUCCCGGCAGAUUCGGUGGCAGAUGAUGCUGAACUGGGUAACGAGGAAGUUACGCCGGAUACUGUGGACAGAUACGCCGAACUUUUGGACAAAAUCCAGAAGAAGCAAGAUGCUGUAGAGUCGCUUUUGCGAGCGACUCAACCGUCGCAACCAACUGGAAGAUUUGCUGAAGAAGCUGCCGCCACGAGUCUGAGCUGGAAGAAUGUCUUGUUAGAGAUCCAAAGAGAGUUCCUCGUGAAUGGCAGCGGACAGGAGAAAGAGGAUAUGUGCGAUGCCACUUGUGACGAAAGUGAAGCAGUCCCGCAACGUGGAGCUUUGAAGAGCUGCUCCUUCAAAGAUCCCUACCACUUCUACAGUGGCUUUUGCGACAACAACUCCGAGAGAGGAGCUAAAGUUGAGCCCUCGCAGAAGCAAGGCCACGAUGGUGCCCCGUCACUGUCGCCGAUGGACGAUCCAGAGGCGUUUGGAAGAUUUUGGUCGAACAAAUUCAGACCGGGAUCCGAUAGAGACCAGUGGCUUGCUGCAUACCCCCCGAUCUUGCCACGAACGGAUCAUCCGGAGGAAGUGGCGAAGUUCGUUUUCGCGUUUAUGACCACCCUUUGGCAUUUGCACGGCACAUCGAAGAUGGGAGAAGUUGUUGACCAGAAUUUCAACGUCAUCGGAGUAAAGGGCUUGUCGAUUGCCGAUGCCUCAGCAAUAGACAAAUCUCCGCGCAUGAAUCCAACGGCAACGCUCAUCAUGAUGGGACGCUACAUCGGUCUUGAAAAGCUCCAUGUAUGGCGUCGACGUGAAGCAGCUUCGAAAUCUCCCAGGACAUUCUUGUCCGAAGUGAACUAA